GUUGCAAUCCUCGUGUACGUGUUUUGAGUUGUAUGGAUUUGACGGGAGAAAACGUUUAUUUAGGAGUUCCUGUCCUCGAUGGGCAGUUUGAGGACGCCGAAGAAGACACCAGUGAAGUACCUAAGUCGCUAAGUAAGUAUUUGGCAAGUGAAGCGCAGGAAACGACCGCGAAAAACUCAAACGAAGAUCGUCAAAAUGGCGGAUCCAGUGACCACGUGAAAUCUUCAUCAGAUGACUCUUGUAGUGACGAGGAUUUUGGAGAAUGGGAUUGGGAAGACGAGACUGGGGAUUUCACCAAACGCUAUAAUGCUUCAAAAUCCGAAGUUAACGUCAGUAACACCUCUGGCAAACGGCAGUCAACGCUGCAACCGAACGAGAAAUCUUUCGAAAAGUUUGGUAACCGAAUCAAAGUUGAACGGUAUGAGGGACCCAAGUUGUCCAACAAAGCUGCUAACGUUUUGAUCCAAGCAAGUAAAAAGCUUGAAAAUGAAAGGAUGCGCGCUAAAGAUAAGGCAGACAGAGCGACUGUCGAGCAAGUCCUUGAUCCUCGAACAAGAAUGAUUCUGUUCAAAAUUCUCAACAAAGGAGUGAUCUGUGAGAUAAAUGGGUGUAUCAGCACUGGUAAAGAGGCUAAUGUGUAUCAUGCUACUAAUGCUGAUGGACAUGAAAGAGCAGUUAAGGUGUAUAAAACUUCUAUCCUAAUAUUUAAGGACAGGGAUAGAUAUGUCACUGGCGAGUUCAGGUUUCGCCAUGGUUACUGUAAACACAACCCCCGUAAGAUGGUGAAGACUUGGGCCGAGAAAGAAAUGCGUAACCUGACUCGCAUGCACCAAGCUGGUAUUCCCUGUCCAGAGCCGAUUAUCCUUCGAAGUCAUGUUCUUGUGAUGGAUUUUAUCGGCACAGAUGGGUGGCCUGCACCCCUGCUCAAAGAUGUCACAUUGUCAGAGUCCAAAUCCAGAGAACUGUAUCUUCAGUGCAUUCAGAUUGUUAGAAAUAUAUUCUGGAAAUGUCGGCUUGUCCAUGCUGAUCUCAGUGAAUUCAACAUGCUCUACCAACAGGACCAGCUGUAUGUGAUUGAUGUCUCGCAGUCUGUCGAGCAUGAUCAUCCGCAUGCUCUGGAGUUCCUGAGAAAAGACUGUACCAAUGUCACAGAUUUCUUCAAGAAGAAUGGUGUAUGUGUCAUGACUGUGAGAGAGCUCUUUGACUUUGUUACAGAUCCGAACAUCACCGAUGACAAUGUGGAUGAUUAUCUUGAAAAAGCACAAGCCAUCGCUGCUAAUCGAGGGGUAGAAGAGGAGUCCCCCGAAGAGACGGUCAAAGAAGAGGUGUUUAAGAAAGCCUACAUUCCUCGCACCCUCGAUCAAGUAGUGGACUUCGAGAGAGAUGCCAAAAACGCAAAAGAAGGGCAAGUGGAAGAAAUUCUGUACUCUACCUUAACAGGGUUAAAACCUGAUCUUACAGGAGUACAAGCUGGACCCAAUCUGCUUAAAAACAACGAUAUUAAUAAUGGAGAAGUUGACGAUGUUACAAGUAGUAGAAACAACGAGAAGAAUGAGGCUGAGAGCAGUGAAAACUCUGAUAAUGAAAGUGAGAGUGAAAGUGAGAAUGAUGGACAAACAGGAAAUGCUUCAGAGGAAAAGGCGCCAGCUUUGAGCAGAAAAGAACACAAGAAAGUCGUGAAAGAAGCCAACAGGGAAAAACGAAAGAACAAAACGCCCAAGCACGUGAAAAAGAGAAAGGAGAAGUUAGCUAAGACAAAAAGGGGAAGAAAUAAUUAAGCAAAGGAGCUUGAUUUAAAAAUGAAGUAUGUUAAAAAGUUUUUCUUCGUAAAAAAUUCAUACUGAUGACGUGUCACUACCCAGAUCUGGGUAGUGACGCUUCAACAGGGAAAAACGAAAGAACAAUUCGCCCAAGCGCGUGAAUAAGAGAAAGGACAAGUUAGCUUAGACAAAGCGAGGACGAAACAAUUAAGUAAAGGUAGCUUGAUUUAAAGAGAAGUGUUAAAACUUUUUCCUUCGUAUACGUCGUUUGCAUUUCAGGUCAGAUCUGGGUAGUGACGCGUCAACAGGGAAAAACGAAAGAACAAAACGCCCAAGCGCGUGAAAAAGAGAAAGGAUAAGUUAGCUAAGACAAAACGAGGACGAAACAAUUAAGUAAAGGUAGCUUGAUUUAAAGAGAAGUGUUAAAACUUUUUCCUUCGUAUACGUCGUUUGCAUUUCAGGACGUUUGAGAGCCAAAAAAGAGAAGAGGAGAGGAACGGGGGCCCCCUCAACCCGGGAAACAGUUGUCAUGUUAGGCUAUAACAAUCUUCAUAACAAAAAUACGUUACUCAGAGAAUUUUAUACGUAGUGUUAUUGAUGCUGCGAAAAUAAAGAAGGAAAAGUUAUGUAACAAAUUCAUUAAAUUUUUGGUGGAUGUAUCAUGUAACCAUUGGCGAAAAUGCAUUUUACUUUGUUGGUAUAUUCUGUAC